AAAGCCACUGUGCAUUUAUCCCGUUUGUUUCAUAGAUGAAGUUGAUGAUGAUGCUUGGUGAUUUUUGAUGUUGAUGAUGAAGAUGAUGCUGAUGAUGAUGAUUGCCAACAUGGUCCCACUAAGGCCCAGGAAAAUACACAUAAAGCGCAAAGUAGAUUUCAAGGUAUACACAACUUGGCUCCAUAUAGCGAACACCGCAGUCAAAUCUUCACUUGUUAAAAAAACCUCGCCUAGAAGUUGCCAUGUGCCUGUAAUUGUAGUAGCGACAUUAGAAAGAGGAGAAGAUAUUGAAAUAAGAGAGAAGGAUAGUACGAAAAAUACGAACACUAAUUGUUUGGAUUAUCUUGUCUUUCAUUUGUCUUUCACUUUUAGUUACAACUCUUUGAUCUCUUCGCGUGUUCAUGCUUCAAAGAAUAGAUUUAUCUAUCAUAUGAUUAUGAUGUCUGUGUCAGUUUACAAGUUAGGAAAUUAUGAUUUUGUCGUUGUAGUCUAUGAUGUCCUCGACUAG